GGCCCGGCCGCGCUCGCCAGGCCGGGGCGGCCUCUCCUGCCGAUCAGCGCGGCCUGGGGUUACUCGGGCUCCCGCCGCCGGCCCGCCCGGAGCUGCCUCCAGCCCGCGGGGCAAUGAGGCGGCCGCGCAGCGCGGCGGGGGCCCGCGGGGCUGCAGCAUGAGCGGCUCCUGCUUGGGGCUCCGCAAGGCCUGCUUCCUGCUAUCCCUCAGCGCCGCCGCCCUCCUCUUGCUGCUGCUGCCCCUGGGGCAGCCUCCUGCCGCUCCCCGCCGCCGCCCCCCGCCCGCCGCUGGGCCCAGCGAGUCCCCGCCACAGAGAGGCGGCCCCGGGGGGAGCGGCGUGCCCGGCACCGGGGCGGGCUGGCGUGGGGAGCUGGGCGGCGAGAUGGGGGCCGGAGCGGGUGGGCGGAGUGGGGGCCUCGGCAGCAGCCCGCAGCCUGUGCGGAAGGGCCGCUUGGGGUCGGCCGGGGGCUCGGCCGGGGAGAGCCUGGAGCUGAAGGACAUCUUUAUUGCGGUGAAGACUACGAGGAAGUACCACAGGAGCCGGCUGGACUUGCUCCUCCAAACUUGGAUCUCCCGGGCGAGGGGACAGACAUUUAUAUUCACAGACUGGGAGGAUCAAGAGCUACGCCUGAAAGCAGGGGAUCAUAUGAUCAACACCAACUGUUCUGCUGUCCAUACCCGACAAGCUCUCUGUUGCAAGAUGUCUGUGGAAUAUGAUAAAUUCCUAGAAUCUGGGCAAAAAUGGUUUUGCCAUGUGGAUGAUGACAACUAUGUGAACCCCCGGACUCUCCUGCGCCUCUUAUCUGCCUUCUCGCACAGCCAGGAUGUCUACGUGGGGCGACCGAGUCUGGAUCAUCCCAUUGAAGCAGCUGACCAUGUUCAAAGUGAUGGAUCAAAGACAACCGUGAAAUUCUGGUUUGCCACAGGUGGAGCGGGGUUCUGUAUCAGCAGAGGUCUUGCCCUGAAGAUGAGUCCCUGGGCCAGCCUAGGUAAUUUCAUCAGCACUGCAGAAAGAGUGCGUCUUCCUGAUGAUUGCACUAUUGGCUACAUCAUUGAAGGGCUGCUGGAGGUAAAGCUGCUGCACAGCCCAUUGUUCCAUUCCCAUCUGGAAAACCUGCAGAGACUACAAGGCGAGUCUGUGCUGCAGCAGGUAACCCUAAGUUAUGGGGACCCUGAGAACAAACAGAAUGUUGUGGGUGUGGGAGGAGUGUUUGGCCUUCAGCAGGAUCCAACCCGAUUUAAAUCUGUCCAUUGUCUGCUCUAUCCUGACACUAUUUGGUGCCCUACUAAGAAGACAUCGUAAUUCUUGACCAGUCAUUGAUGCCUGCAUCAUUCCCAGUUUGUGUAAGACAGGAGUUGUGGCUGACUGCUUUGGUUGGGUUUUUUUAUUCUGAGAGACAGCCAGAAGUACCUACAAAGGAGCUAGACAUACUUGUUUACAAAGGCAAGAAGGUGUGAUUUGUUCAGCUGCAGCCUGGGAUAUUCCAAGAAGAAUUCUUGUUCUUCUGUCCAGUGGCUCUUUGUAUGAUGACUACAGUCACAUGUGUAUGAGUCACUUUACUUCUCUGUCUGAUGUCAUGCGAAUCUGUGCUUGGACACAUCCUAGGCAAAUGGGUAUGGAAUGGUAGCAUUCUUCCUUCUGUUAGGGGCUUUUAGAAGCCACUGUCUUAAAGCUGGAGUGCUUUAGCAGACUCUAGCCCCCAUGGUGACAAGAGAGGGGAAGUUUUAACUUAUCUUUCUUGGGAACAGAAUUAUUUAAGAGCUUCUGUGGCCUGCCAGAUUAAACUCCACCUGUGGGCUUGGUACAGUGUCUGUUCUUGCACACCAGAAAUCCUGGAAUCACUAAGGUAAACAAGGCUGAAAGCCUUUGUCAUGGAAAAACCCUGGGCAAGGGUGAGCUUACUCAGGACUGGAAAGGAGUUGCUCACAGUGCACAUUCUCUCCUACAGUCCAUGUGUACCUCCCAUGGAGGUGAUUGUCAGACUUGUCUCUCUUAACCAGAUAAAUUGCAGUGUUGUUGAUCAUUAUGAUGGUCUGCCAGGUCUGAGACUGUUCCCUUGAUAUUUGAUACUGAAGAAUAUUUGCCAAACCAGGUGGUAGCAGUGUCUGCCUUGCCCAGAGCAUGCUCAUUGGCUGGUGAAACACACCCUGUUUAUGUGUUGUAUGUUGUGUUGUCAGUGAGGGAGGAGGAAUGCUAGAUAGCUGUAAUGCCCUGAGGAAGUUUUUGAUGGUAUCAUUUGAGGACCUUUAAUUGGAUGACUGUGCUUACUCCACUUCAGUUUCUUCAGAUACUCUCUGAUUGCCUUGAGAUUGAUAUCAAUGUUUAUUUCAACUCCAUAGUGUUUCAUUAGAAAGUUCAUACAAUUACUAAAAGGAGACUGCACACUCAUACAAAGGCAGAAGUUCAAUACUGUGGCAGGAUCACCUGCUGCUGCUUUUUGAAUAAAGUAAGCUUAGUUUUGAAAGUAGAAGAACUGAGGCUCUGUUGGCCAUGUGCGAUCACUACCUGUCAUCAAGAACAGCAUAAAAAACAGCUUCACAAACCACUGUUUACUUUCACAAACUCUUCAGAAAAUACUUGCUGGUUUAGUGCUUGAGUCUGAGGCUGAAUUAAGGGCAGAAUCAAUAGAAUGACGUAUAACCUGGGACUGUGAUUAACAGCUAGAAUGUGGACCUAGCAGAAGUUUCAGAUUUCUAAACAACUGUGCUGAGCUGUACUGUGGACCUUCAGCUACUUCCUGCUGUUUGAAAAGUGGUAUAAUUUAGGUAAACACCUGCAGUGUAUUCAAGUGUGAAACUUAGCAGAGGUGUAUACCUCCCUGAAAUGCAGUUCCGUGCAGCUCUUUAAGCACAAACAUUUCAGCAUUUACCUGGGUACAUUGUCUUCUCAGCAUGAUUUUAGUUAAUACCGCUGAGGAGCAAACAAGCUGACUGAUACUUGCUACAGGUCUGCAGUUCAUUCUUAAACUUUUUUCCUUCACUUCUUCUAAGGUGAUCUUGAUGUAUGGGAAUAAGGAUGCUGUUGGGAUAAGAUCAAAGUCCAGAUAGCACGGUGGCUGUUUUGGAACAGGUACACCUGUAACAUGGAUAGCCUGCUACAGAAAACAGGAGGACUUGUGGAAUAGUAGGUUCUGGUAUGUUCUGCCUCUUUUUAGUUGUUCUCCUCACUGGAAUUUAUCCAUCCUAUGGUUUAAUGAUUUGUCAUUAAAGGCUUUGGAGAUUCCUGGUAUCUAAAGAAAUACUUAACCAAAAAAAAAAGAGGAAAAAAACCAACCAAACAAACAAAAAAAAAAACCCCACACACAAACCUCCCACUUACUAGGGUUUUGUUUUCAGCCUCCUGUGGCAGAAAACUGAACCUUCAUGAGCUCUUUCUCAGAUUUUUUGUCUUCCAGCACUUAUUCUGAACUCAUCUACCAGAGCUUUUCUUUCUUUUGCACUAGUAGAAGCCUCUUGUAAGGUAUCACAGACAGCAUGGACUGGGUAGUGAUUAUGUGGCAAACUGCAGUUCAAAAAUUACAGCACUUCAUAUGGAUGGCAGCAAAACUUAAGUUGUAGAAGUUUCACACUGUAGUAAUCAUUGGUCACCCCAAGGUAGGUGUGCCCAAAAGCCAGAAGACUCAAUGCUGGUAGACAAACUGAAAAAGGACCAUGUUCACCAGCACUGUUUAAAUUUCUUUUAAGGUUUCUUGUGUUAAGAGCACAGUAGGCUGUAUGAAUAUAUCAGGAUGCAGUUUUUUAACCAAACUAUUGUCUCAUACAUACAGUAAUUCUACAAAAUAAAUAUUUAAAUAUGC